CGCGACCACACCCCUUCCGCGCGGCCGCUCCCGCCAGCUCCCGGGGGCCGGAGAGGAUGGCCGACUGUAGCUAUUUUCUGGAGGUCGGGGCGGAGAAAGGAGCCUCUCUAGCCUCGCCUACGAACCAACGCUCCUUGUUCUCGAUGAUCCUCGCGCCGUCUUCUCGUACGCCACUUCCGAUUCCUUUUAAAGGUCCCACACUGCGCGGGGCGGCGCGGCGCGUGCGAGGAAGCCAUUCAAACUCCUCCCCACGACACACUGAAGCAGCGACGGCACAGCGGGAAGAAUGGAAAAUGUUUAUAGGAGGCCUUAGCUGGGACACUACAAAGAAAGAUCUGAAGGACUACUUUUCCAAAUUUGGUGAAGUUGUAGACUGCACUCUGAAGUUAGAUCCUAUCACAGGGCGAUCAAGGGGUUUUGGCUUUGUGCUAUUUAAAGAGUCGGAGAGUGUAGAUAAGGUCAUGGAUCAGAAAGAACAUAAAUUGAAUGGAAAGGUGAUUGAUCCUAAAAGGGCCAAAGCCAUGAAAACAAAAGAGCCUGUUAAAAAAAUUUUUGUUGGUGGCCUUUCUCCAGAUACACCUGAAGAGAAAAUAAGGGAGUACUUUGGUGGUUUUGGUGAGGUGGAAUCCAUAGAGCUCCCCAUGGACAACAAAACCAAUAAGAGGCGUGGAUUCUGCUUCAUUACCUUUAAGGAAGAAGAACCAGUGAAGAAGAUAAUGGAAAAGAAAUACCACAAUGUUGGGCUUAGUAAAUGUGAAAUAAAAGUAGCAAUGUCGAAGGAGCAGUACCAGCAACAGCAGCAGUGGGGGUCAAGAGGAGGAUUUUCGGGAAGAGCUCGUGGGAGAGGUGGUGGCCCCAGUCAAAACUGGAACCAGGGAUAUAGUAACUAUUGGAAUCAAGGCUAUGGCAACUAUGGAUAUAACAGCCAAGGUUACGGUGGUUAUGGAGGAUAUGACUACACUGGUUACAACAACUACUAUGGAUAUGGUGAUUAUAGCAACCAGCAGAGUGGUUAUGGAAAAGUAUCCAGGCGAGGUGGUCAUCAAAAUAGCUACAAACCAUACUAAAUUAUUCCAUUUGCAACUUAUCCCCAACAGGUGGUGAAGCAGUAUUUUCCAAUUUGAAGAUUCAUUUGAAGGUGGCUCCUGCCACCUGCUAAUAGCAGUUCAAACUAAAUUUUUUGUAUCAAGUCCCCGAAUGGAAGUAUGACGUUGGGUCCCUCUGAAGUUUAAUUCUGAGUUUUCAUUAAAAGAAAUUUGCUUUCAUUGUUUUAUUUCUUAAUUGCUAUGCUUCAGAAUCAAUUUGUGUUUUAUGCCCUUCCCCCAGUAUUGUAGAGCAAGUCUUGUGUUAAAAGCCCAGUGUGACAGUGUCAUGAUGUAGUAGUGUCUUACUGGUUUUUUAAUAAAUCCUUUUGUAUAAAAA